AUGAGCCCCGCCUCUUCGUCCGUGGUGGUCGAUACCAACUACGACACUCUGCACACGUACCACGACGCGCUCCUCCAACGCGCAUUCUACGAACUCCUCGUGAGCGCCGACUUCUGGACCGCGCUCACCGCCAACCGCAAGCAGAUCAGGCUCACCGAGGCAGACCUGCUGCGCCUGUACCAUGCGCGGCACGUCCUCCAGCAGCACUGGCGCGAGGUGCUCGUGGUCGCGCCAUACGUGGACGAGACGGGCGCGUCGACGCGCCGGGGGAACGGGUCCGCGUGCUCAACAUACAACCACCGCUAUCCGAGCAGGUCGUAGCACUGGCGCAAGAUGAUGCUGCAGAGCGAGGUGGUCGAGGCGGGGAUGGGUGACCCGUUGCGGUACGAUGCGUCGAGCGGGCUGACGAAGGAGCAGAAGGAGGCGUGGUGUCGGGGGUGCCGCACGGGCUGGACGGACAUGCUCGCGGGGAAACGGGGGAGUGGUGGGCGAGCUUUGGAGGCUUGAUGCAGCUUGCGUGAGUGGGUAUGAGCCGCCAACAUC